AUGAAUUAUUCACUAGACUCUAGUGUGAUUAUAGCUGGGCAGAAGCUCUUUAUCCUACAAGGAGACAGGUCUCACUCACUCCAGUGGGAGAAAUAUGGAUUCAGAUUAGAGUGUCCUCAAGGAGCAGUGUCCAAGGAUACUGAAGUAGCUGUUACUGCACUAGCUGGUGGUAAUUUCAAGGUACCCAAAGGUACUGUGCUAGUGAGUGCAGUAUAUGCAAUAUCAGUAUCUAAGGGACUAUUAAAACCACUGGUAAUAGAGCUACAACAUUGUGUGGAUCUAAGGAACACUAGUCAGACUGGUUGCCUCAAGUUUGUGAGAGCUCCACUGAAGUCUCCCAAUGCUUACCAGUUCAAUCAUGUACUAAGUGAUUCUGAUGGACCUACGGCUACUGUAUCCAGUGAACAUUGUCCAGCAAGGAAUGAUGAUGAAUCACUACAAUCCUCUACUGAUCAUUCCACUGCACAUUCAGACAAUAAUGCAGCUUCUUGUGAUACUUUGUAUUCUGGAAUGAUGUACUAUGAUAAGAAAGAAGUUGGUCAUUGGAAAGCUAUGUAUUCUGUUGUUAGAGAUUUGGAAGUUCUUAAAAGGCACUUGGAAAGCAAGCAGGCAUCAAGUAUUGAAUAUGAUGAUGUUGUUGACUCAUUUAAGUUUAUUCAACCAAAUGGAACUCUUGAAUUGACACUAAACACUGAGCGGCAGGUAGGAUGGACUGUUAAUCCUAUCAGGAGUCCAAUGAAAUUAUAUCAGUCAAGAGUUGAUCAGUUUCCAUUAACUCCCUCAUAUGCAACCUGCAGUAUAUCAGUGUAUGCUAAACCUUGUAUUGCUAAAAAUCCACUUCAUUGCCCUAUUGAAUUAACUGGAAUAGAUCCUUCAAUGACAAUCUAUAUUGAUCGAUGUCCUCCACCUUCCCCUUCAUCAAUGAUAGACAGUACUAGCUCAAGCUCCUCUACUGCUAGUAUCAGUCAAACCAGGAGAGAGACUGAAGAAGGUACAUUUAGAUCUGAUAUUGCUCAUAGAGUAAUGACAGAAUGUACUUCACUAGUAAAGGAUUGUGGGAUUGAUAUUCAUUUCUUAGUCGAUAAGUUGUUGGAACACAAAAUUGUAAAUGCAAGAGAGAAAAGACGAAUUGUUGCUCAAGAAAGUGACGAUGAAAAGAUGGAUGAAUUGCUUCACAUCAUUUUGAGUUCUAUUUGCUUGGAUGGAGAAGUAUUUGGUAUAUUCUUAGAUAUACUCAGAGAGGAAGAUACUAGAAGGACUAUCAAACUAGCUGAUCAACUAAUACAAAAAUAUAAUAAUAGUUAGGUACUAUGCUUUAUUAUUAUU